AUUUAUUUAUAUUGAUUUUGAUAUUUCAACUUCUGUAGUAGAUAUAUUACGCCUAUGUCCAUGUUUCAGAACAAAUCUGCAUUGAAACAGCAAUUUACAGCCGUUACUGGUUGUUCAUCUGGUGAAGUGACCAAAUGGCUUGAAAAGAGUGGCUGGAAGCUUGAUGUAGCAAUAGAUGCAUACCUCUCCAAUAAGACAUCCUCCAACACUUUAAGACCAGACCUGAAACUUGUCGAAAUAUUUGAAUCAUACAAAGAUAAUGACGGAAAUGGUGACGUGAUAGGGAUAGAUGGAACUUUAAGAUAUCUUGAAGAUCUUGGAGUUGACCCUGAUAAUUCGAUCACCCUAGUUUUGGCAUAUUUCCUCCAAUCUCCUUCUAUGGGGGUUUUCCAUAGAGAUACAUUCUUGGAGUCAUGGUCAAGAACAAACAUAAACACAAUAGACGGGAUGAGUCAGUAUUUACAAAAUCUAUAUCAAACCUAUAAAUCCGAUAGGGAUUACUUCAAAAAAGUUUACAUAUUUGCAUUUGACUUCUUAAUGGAAGUUCCUGGACAAAGAAUUUUGUCAUAUGAUUUGGCCAUCGACUAUUGGAAGUUAUUAUUUUUCGAAAGACAAGAAUUUGAGGACUGUUUCACUCGAUUGAAUCAAUGGUUUGAUUUUGCCACAAAUGAAUAUAAACGAGGUUUUUCCAAGGAUACUUGGCAGAUGUUUUUCCUCUUUUUAGAGGAUGUGAUCAAGAAAGACCCUGUGAAUUUAAGUGCUUAUGAUGAAAUGGCUGCCUGGCCAAGUGCAAUUGAUGAAUACAUUGAAUAUCUUAGAGAAAAUGAUUUAGUAAGUUUUUGAUAGACCCAUAGAAUGACAACCAUACGCACUAUAUAGAAUAACUACAUUAUGUUGAAUAUAUGUAUAAUUUAACUAUUCCGAUUAUCACACUAUAAUUUGAGCCUGCAAAAUAUGUACAAAAAGGGAAAGGCUGGGCACACGGUUGCCCUAGAGAGAUUAA